AUGGCCAGCCCCGUAGAUGCUUCUCCAACAGGCCAUGCCAGUGGGUUGGGUCCCCACCGGAGAAAGCGGACCACCUUCAGCAGAGGGCAGCUGCUGGAGUUGGAGCGAGUGUUUGCAGCAUGGCCCUACCCUGACAUUGGUACCCGGGAACACCUGGCCCAGGUCACCUGCCUUCCUGAGGCCAAGAUACAGGUGUGGUUCCAGAACCGCCGGGCUAAGAGAAUAAAGAAUGGGAAGCCAGGAGGCCUAAGCCCCAAGACUGAGCCACCCCAGAAAUUUCAUCUCUCAGACACUAUCCAGCUGUCCCGGGAGCCACAAACACUACGCCAGCCUCCACCCUCCAGCGGCACACCUCAGUGCGCCUCGGUGUGUCAACACACCUCCUGUCCAGCUCCUGGCUUGGGUCCAGGGCAGGGCCGAGCAGGGGCUAAAGCUGCAGCCCCAUGGGGACCAGCUGGGGUUUCAGGGGUCCACCUCUCUUCAGACCGAGCUACUCCCCAGACCUCACUGGGCAGUCUGUCUGACCUCAUCUAUGCCUCGGCCAUUGUCACCAAUCUGGACCACUAA